CACAAGGCCACAUAAGGAGGGCGAGGUCCCUGGAGUGGACUACAUUUUCAUCACUGUGGAAGAUUUUAUGGAAUUGGAGAAAAGCGGUGCUCUCCUAGAAAGCGGGACUUAUGAAGAUAAUUACUACGGUACCCCAAAGCCUCCAGCUGAACCGGCACCGUUAUUAUUAAAUGUAACAGACCACAUCCUUCCGGGAGCCACUCCAAGUGCCGAAGGAAAACGAAAGAGAAACAAAUCAGUGAGCAACAUGGAGAAAGCAAGCAUAGAGCCUCCAGAGGAGGACGAGGAGGAGAGGGCUGUGGUCAACGGGAAUGGAGUGGUGGUGACACCAGAAUCCAGUGAACAUGAAGACAAGAGCGCAGGAGCCUCAGGGGAGACGCCCUCCCAGCCUUACCCCGCCCCGGUGUACAGCCAGCCCGAGGAGCUGAAAGAGCCCAUGGAUGACGCCAAGCCCGGCAAGCCCGAGGAGAGCGAGGAUGCGGACCCGCUGCCCGACAACUGGGAAAUGGCCUACACGGAGAAGGGCGAAGUCUACUUCAUUGACCAUAACACAAAGACAACAUCAUGGCUGGAUCCACGACUUGCGAAAAAAGCUAAACCUCCAGAAGAGUGCAAAGAAAAUGAGCUUCCAUAUGGCUGGGAAAAAAUCGAUGAUCCCAUAUAUGGCACUUAUUAUGUUGACCACAUAAAUAGAAGAACACAGUUUGAAAACCCUGUCCUGGAAGCAAAAAGGAAGCUACAGCAGCAUAACAUGCCCCACACAGAACUUGGAACCAAGCCCCUGCAGGCCCCAGGUUUCCGAGAAAAACCACUCUUCACGCGGGAUGCAUCUCAGUUGAAAGGAACAUUCCUCAGCACCACCCUAAAAAAGAGCAACAUGGGCUUUGGAUUUACCAUCAUUGGCGGAGACGAGCCUGAUGAGUUUCUGCAGGUGAAAAGCGUGAUUCCGGAUGGGCCUGCCGCGCAGGAUGGAAAAAUGGAAACAGGUGAUGUCAUUGUCUAUAUUAAUGAAGUUUGUGUCCUUGGACAUACUCAUGCAGAUGUUGUCAAACUUUUCCAGUCUGUUCCCAUUGGUCAGAGUGUCAACCUGGUGUUGUGUCGUGGCUACCCUUUGCCCUUUGACCCGGAAGAUCCUGCCAACAGCAUGGUGCCACCCCUUGCAAUAAUGGAGAGGCCACCUCCAGUGAUGGUCAAUGGAAGACAUAACUAUGAAACAUAUUUGGAAUACAUUUCUCGGACCUCACAGUCGGUUCCAGAUAUUACAGAUCGGCCGCCUCACUCUUUACAUUCCAUACCAGCUGAUGGUCAGCUAGAUGGCACGUAUCCACCACCCGUCCAUGACGACAAUGUGUCUAUGGCUUCCUCUGGGGCCACCCAAGCUGAACUUAUGACCUUAACCAUUGUGAAAGGUGCCCAGGGCUUUGGCUUCACCAUUGCCGACAGUCCUACAGGACAGCGGGUGAAACAAAUACUUGACAUUCAGGGAUGCCCUGGCCUGUGUGAAGGCGACCUCAUUGUUGAGAUCAACCAGCAGAAUGUACAGAACCUGAGCCAUACAGAAGUAGUGGAUAUACUUAAGGACUGUCCCGUUGGAAGUGAGACGUCUUUGAUUAUCCAUCGAGGAGGUUUCUUCUCUCCAUGGAAAACUCCAAAGCCUAUGAUGGACCGAUGGGAGAGCCAAGGCAGUCCUCAAACCAGUUUAUCUGCGCCGGCCAUACCGCAGAACCUGCCCUUUCCCCCCGCCCUCCACAGGAGCUCCUUUCCGGACUCAACAGAGGCCUUUGACCCACGGAAGCCUGACCCAUACGAGCUCUACGAGAAGUCGAGAGCCAUUUAUGAAAGUAGGCGUCCAGACUAUAAGGAACUGGAUGUUCACCUUCGGAGGAUGGAGUCUGGAUUUGGCUUCAGAAUCCUCGGAGGAGAUGAGCCUGGCCAGCCAAUCUUGAUCGGAGCCGUCAUUGCCAUGGGCUCAGCCGACAGGGAUGGCCGCCUGCACCCAGGGGAUGAACUCGUCUAUGUGGACGGAAUCCCAGUGGCCGGCAAGACCCACCGUUACGUCAUCGACCUCAUGCACCACGCAGCCCGCAACGGGCAGGUGAACCUCACUGUGAGAAGAAAGGUGCUAUGCGGAGGGGAGCCCUGCCCAGAGAAUGGGAGGAGUCCGGGCUCCAUAUCAACCCACCACAGCUCUCCACGCAGUGACUACGCAACCUACACCAACAGCAACCACGCUGCCCCCAGCAGCAAUGCCUCUCCCCCCGAGGGCUUCGCCUCCCACAGCCUGCAGACGAGCGACGUGGUCAUUCACCGCAAGGAGAAUGAAGGCUUCGGCUUCGUCAUCAUCAGCUCCCUGAACAGGCCUGAGUCUGGAUCCACUAUAACUGUGCCCCAUAAAAUCGGACGCAUCAUUGAUGGGAGUCCUGCAGAUCGCUGUGCAAAGCUAAAAGUGGGAGACCGGAUCUUAGCAGUGAACGGCCAGUCUAUCAUCAGCAUGCCUCACGCUGACAUCGUGAAGCUCAUCAAGGAUGCAGGUCUUAGUGUCACCCUUCGCAUCAUUCCUCAGGAGGAGCUCAGCAGCCCCGCCUCGGCCCCCAGCUCCGAGAAGCAGAGCCCCCUGGCCCAGCCGCACAGCCCCGGGGCCCAGCCCAGCCUGGCCACCCCCAGCAGCCCCGUCGCCCAGCCGCCACCUCCUCAGCCGCUUCAGCUGCAAGGACACGAAAACAGUUACAGGUCAGAAGUCAAAGCAAGACAAGAUGUGAAACCCGACAUCCGACAGCCUCCGUUCACAGACUACAGGCAGCCCCCGCUGGACUACAGGCAACCCCCGGGAGGGGACUACCAGCAGCCCCCGCCCUUGGACUACAGGCAGCCUCCCCUGCUGGACUACAGACAGCACUCCCCAGACACCAGGCAGUACCCACUGCCCGACUACAGGCAGCCCCAGGAUUUUGAUUAUUUCACGGUGGACAUGGAGAAAGGCGCCAAAGGAUUUGGAUUCAGCAUUCGUGGAGGAAGGGAAUACAAAAUGGAUCUGUACGUGCUGAGACUGGCAGAAGAUGGGCCAGCCAUCAGGAAUGGGAGGAUGAGGGUAGGUGAUCAAAUCAUUGAAAUCAAUGGGGAAAGCACAAGGGACAUGACCCACGCCAGAGCAAUAGAACUCAUCAAAUCCGGAGGAAGGCGGGUACGGCUGCUGCUCAAGAGAGGCACAGGACAGGUCCCGGAGUAUGGAAUGGUACCUUCCAGUCUCUCCAUGUGCAUGAAAAGUGACAAGCAUGGGUCCCCAUAUUUCUACUUAUUGGGCCACCCUAAAGACACGACGAACCCGGCGCCCGGAGUGCUCCCGCCGCCGCCCGCCCAGGUCUGCCGGAAGUAGGCGUCUCGCUCGAGGACCUCCUCGCUCCAUCCUCGCCACCGCAUCCCGCCCCACCCUCCGACCCUGCCCACCCGAAGAGCCCAGACCCGGCUUGGGACGUCAA